AUGAGCGCCUCCGCGCCCAGCGCACCUGAAAACGGUCGGGUGCUCCUGGUGCACAGCACGGUCAAGCAGCGAUACUACAUAGUUGCCAGGGGCUUUGGAAGGUGCAGCCUGGAUCAGGGGUUCCGCACGGCUUGGGGUGUGUGCUGUGUAUUGGGACGCACCGUGACGCAAAGCCUGCACGGUACGCAGAUUCUCGUCAGUGCCCCAUACAUUCUGGGAUAUGUUGUCAUUGGGCAGUGGGGCCUCCUGCUGGUCGCCGAGAAAUUCCGUGUUUCAGCUAUCCUUCCGGGUACUCACGAAGUCAAGACGGUCACGAAGUCUCACUGGCUCAAGAUUCCGUUGCAGAUUAACCUGUCGAUGCAGUCUGUUCAGGUAUGCAACCUACUGUACAAUAGGGGCUACCAAGCAGGUAUUACGGUUGAGGGAUCAUGGCAUGGCAUGGUGGAGGGCAUGGGAGGGGGCCUAUGGGGAGCGUGGGGAAAGGCACCGGAAGCAGGAGCGAAGGAUGAGAAGGCAAUGAAGGAUGAAAUUGAGAAAGGGAUUGAGAGGCUGCUCUCGUUUCCAAUAGACGGGGCGCACUUCUUGUGUGACACACUGGACAUCACGCGGCCCUUCCCGUCGUACCGUGCGGUGAAGGACCCAAGCUGGGACUUUGUGUGGAACCGGUGGAUGUCAGCGCCGUUUCGCAAUCUCGGACUCGAUCACUUAUGCCCGCCGCUGCUCCAGGGACUUUGUGAGUCGCGGCUAUUGGAGGAUUUUGACAAUGCCAAGUACUGGGUAGCGUGCAUCAGCCGCCGCGGUUGUCUGCACCCUGGACCCCGCUACAAGGCACGCGGGCUUAACGACUAUGCAGAGCCGGGCAACGAGCUGGAAGUUGAGCAGGUUAUCUGGCGGCAGCAGCAGCGCGAUGGUAGCCUCCUCCUGUGGAGCCGAUAUACGUGGCGCCGGGGCAGCGCACCGUUGUGGUGGGGCGUAAGCAUAAAGAACAACGGUAUUGGGGAGGCGGAGAUUAAGAUACGCCCGCACAACACAUUCAAGGGUUCGAAGCGGUACGUCCGCCGCUUGCAGGAGCGGUACACGCCAAACCCUCAGCUGGAUCCGGACCCGCCGGUCGCCGGUGCCGAUGGCGAGCCGUCUCGGCAUGUACCGGUGACUUUUGUAAGCCUGCUCCGGAAGGGCCUUCCUGACCGGGACCGUUCCGAGGCGAAACUGGCGUCUGCAUUUGAUUUUGUUGUUGCCCAGCUCCGCAAGGAGCAUGGCAUGAACCUUACCUACAUCGCCCUGGACUGGCAUGAAAUGGAUAAACAGCUUGGGCACAUGGGCAUCGUGGAGGCUUUCUGGAAUACGGUCAAAGACAUCCUGCCGGCGCACGGUUUUGCUCUUGGGACCCUUGAAAAGGUCGGCCCCGACCAUACCGAAGUAUGCCCUGACGAAGGGACCACGGACAUGCCGGUGAGGGGGAACAACGGCACGGGCAUCGUCGGCCCGCGGGUCUCGGCAGCGGGCGUUGGCUGGCGAGCACACUGGAUACGGCAGCAGCGCGGGGUGACGCGAUACAACUGUGCAGAUUCAUUGGAUCGGACAAACGUCGGGUCCUUCUUCGGCGCGGUGCAGGUGCUAAUUGAACAGUGCCGCGAGCUGGACAUUGCCAUAGCACGCACGCGGCCAACCAGUGACCAGGCAGCGCUCCAACUUGCCCGUGGCAGCCGCGAUCCGCGGACUAUGGUUCGGCCUGGCGCUGGGGCAUCUAACGCGGCCUUGGCAAGCGUAAAUGGCCCGGGGGGAAGUGCAUUGCAGCUGCAGGCGCCGGCGCCUGGUACUGGCACCCCAUAUGCUGGCAAUACGGGGGGGAGCACCUCGUCUACGUGUGGUACUAGCGCGACCGGGAACAGCAGCAGCUUCUUCACUGCCGGCUUGGGCACGCGGAACAAUACUGCCGGCGCGAUGUUUGAAAAGUUUGGCAAACAGGUGGCAACUGGCUUGACGACCAUGAUCCAACCACUGGCUGCUGGGGAUGGUCGGAGCCCACUGCGUGGGAGUCUCACUACAUCUGGUGCGAGCCCGUAUGGAGCCGCUGCGUCGAUGGCCAGCGGCUCCGGCACUGCUUCACCGUUGCAGCGGUCAAUCGGGGGCCCGGGACAACCCCCCGCUCAAGCGAGCACAUCAGCUGCUGUGCCAGCCGACGCGCUGCAACGGAAGUUCGCCAUCGCGCCCGAUGGGCUGCCGCUACCGCCGGGCUGGGAGGCCAAGAUCGACAAAACUACGAAUCGCAUAUUUUACGUUGAUCAUAACACGCGGUCGACUACAUGGGACCGUCCACCGGUGCCGUCCAACGGCCGGUUGUCAUCUGAUUCCCUCAGCACCAUUUUCCAGCCCGGCAGCGGACCUAGCUCGCACGGCGUGCUGGGUGGUGGUGCGACACCGCAAGGAGCUAGCUCAGGACCAAACCGCGCAUCCGGCGGCCCGGAGCUCCGGAUGGCCGCGGCUGGCAACAGCAACACGGCCGGUGGAGCGGCGGCCCUGACGCCACGGGGCAUGUUACCAGUGCAGGGCCAAGAAUCCCCAGGCGACCCGGCACUCCAACAGGUUCGCACCGGACCUAGUGGCGGCGGAACCCACAGCCGGACGGACUCGGGUGACGCAGGUUCGAGCCCAGACGACCGGUACGAGCCCCUGACUCCGUGGUGCAUGCUGCGAAAAGGAAAGGUCCACACUAUCAGCCGACGGAUACAUCCGGAGGCAAUGUCUGUGCUGGCUGAGCUGUUUCUGGUUAAUGGCGACAUGUGCGCAUGGCUGUAUACUGGAUCCCAGGCGAUGCACAGCGAGCGCAUUCUCAUCUUUGAGCCGGAAAAUUCCAAGCUGCGGAAGGUCGGGGUAGGGGCGUACGGAAACGCGCUGGUCGCGAUGAAGCGGCGGUACAAUAACGUGCUCGUCGACAAGGAAAAGCAGCAGAUGAUUGACGUGUUCCUGGGCUAUAAACAGCACGAGUACUUUCCGUCGUCUUGGCUCGCCUACCGUGUAAUGGAAAGAGAGGAAGUCCCGCUGGAAGGCGAUGACGUCUCUGACUUGGAUACGGAACCCGUUGGACAGAUCGACUGGCCGCUGCCUGAGCGCAACGCUGCGCAUCACCUGCACGUACUGUAUGGCGUGGGCCAAGGGCAUUUGCCGAUGCCAGGCAGCUCGCAGAGCAUGUCGGCAACAGGCAGCUCAUCAGGAUUCGGUGGCGUGACUGGGGAGCUGUCCUCGGCAGGACCGGCCACAAUUGGCCAUGCGUACAGCGCAGGGGACCUGGUUGCCAGCAGUGGGGGUGACGGAGGCGCCGGGAGGCAAGUGAUGCGUCUGCCGGCUGGUAGCGAGGCCGCUUUGACAAGCAUGGACUCAGCGAACUCAGUCGACCUCAUCAACUUGGGUGGUGUGGACAGCGAGACCUCGUCUGUGGCAUCCGGAUCAAUAGUGUGCCGACCGGCCACUAGAAACGGUCCUGCAAAUACAUCCACAGGCGAUGCUGCGAUCGUCAUGCACCGCAGUGCUAGCGAUGUCGGCAUGCCGCCUAAUUGCUCUGGGCCUGGUGGCGCACCCGGCGUCGUCGAUGGUUUGGUCUUUAAGGGAGGCGCCUUGGGGCUCUCGCCUGUGCAACCUAGCUCUCCAGGCGAGGGCUUCGGUGAUUGGGCACACUUUGACGACAGCCUGCUCACUGUGGCAGCGCCACAGUCGGGCGGUCAGUCAGCAGGUCUGAAACCAGCACUGAAAAAGCCGUCCGGUUCUCAACAGCCAAACUCCCAGCGUGUGGUCAUUGAACCCCUCGCGUCUAUGUUCACGACGGACUCGCUCAUUUGA